UAUGGGCAAAAAUAUUGAAUAAGAAGAAGUUGAUAGGAAAUAGACCAAAGAGUAGGUUUUGACAAUAAAAAAGAAUAGAAUUACAAAAAUUGGCAAAUCCAUAAAGAAACUGGUGGUUCUAGAUUAAAAACAAAUAAAGAAGGCAAUAAAUGCUUUAUUAAAAUACCGAGAAUCUACUCACACUGAUAACAUCCUGGACAUUAAAGAUGAUUUUAUUUAUUUAGAAAUAGUAUUAAACAAAUUGCCAAUUAAAUAUUCAUUAAGACCUGUAUAAAUGUAAAAGAGUAUGACUAAUUAAAAUUAGAUAAUUGCCAAAUGCUAUUUACAAUUAAGAGAUGAAUUCUAAAUUUUGUAUAAUUAGUACAAAUCCUUAAAGAUAAUUCAAAGAUUAAAUUUGUGAAUUUGAUAUUCCUUUGAUCUAAAAAGUCAUAGGAUAUGGUAAAUUGAAUAAAAAAUACCCAACUUAUACAGAUAAGAGAAAAUUAUUUUAUGAAUAUGAUUAAUUCUUUUGUGAUUAAAGGAUAUAUGGAAAUUUAGCAAAAGGUCUAGGAAAAAUCUUUUAUGAUCGAAAAAAGUAAUGAAAUUUUAAUGUUUAGAAUACCAUUUCCAAUCAAUUGUGAAAAUAUUACUUAAGAAGCAUUGAAUGAAUUAUAAAAUUUCACUUAUUUUAUAUAAGGAAAUGGUCCUGUAUAGUAAUUUAGACAUGAUAAUUUAGUACUGUAAAAAUAGGGAGAGUUGCUUAGACAGCAGAAUAAAUAACAUAAAAUGUAUUGGCAGCAGCUUAUGAAGUUUUACCUCAUGUGUUGUAAGAAAAGGGGAUGAGUUUAAGUUGCUUAAGAUAAUUAAAUGUCAAGUUAUCUAGUUCAGUAUCCUUACCUUUCUAUACCAGACUUAGUGUUAGAGAGAUAGAAGCUUGGAAAAAUAAAUGAU